GGUCCACGACAGAGGGAGCAGCCGAAGAUGGGGGACCAAAAGGACGCCCUUAGGAAGAUCAUCACAACCCUGGCUGUGAAAAAUGAGGAAAUCCAAAAUUUCAUCUACGUCCUCAAACAGAUGCUGCAGAACGUGGAGGCCAAUUCGGACCGAGUCCAGCAAGACCUCGAGGCAGAGUUCCAGUCGCUGUUCACCCUGCUGGACGAGCUGAAAGAUGGGAUGCUGAUGAAGAUCAAGCAGGAUCGAGCCAGCAGGACUUACGAGCUGCAGAACCAGCUGUCUGCUUGCACAAAAGCCUUGGAAAGCUCCGAGGAGUUGCUGGAAACAGCCAACCAAACACUCCAGGGGGCUGAGAACCAUGACUUCAACCAGGCUGCUAAACAGAUCAAAGACAGCGUGACCAUGGCACCCGCGUUCCGUCUCUCCCUCAAAGCCAAAGUCACCGACAACAUGAGCCACUUGAUGGUCGAUUUCGGCCAGGAGCGUCGGAUCCUGCAGUCUCUGAAAUUUCUGCCAGUCCCCAGUGCCCCGGAGAUAGACACGGCCGAAUCUUUGGUGGCUGACAACUGUGUGACUCUAGUUUGGAGGAUGCCCGAUGAGGACAGCAAGAUUGACCACUAUGUGCUAGAAUACCGUCGGACAAACUUCGAAGGGCCCCCCCGGGUCAAAGAAGACCAGCCGUGGAUGGUCAUCGAAGGAAUUAAGCAGACUGAGUAUACACUCUCUGGGCUGAAAUUUGACAUGAAGUACAUGAAUUUCCGCGUCAAAGCCUGCAACAAAGCCGUGGCCGGAGAGUUUUCAGAGCCGGUCACAUUGGAAACGAGAGCCUUCGUGUUCCGCCUCGACGCCACAACCAGCCACCAGAAUCUCAAGGUGGAAGACCCCAGCGUGGAAUGGGACGCCAUGGGUGGGAAGGUGCAAGACAUCAAAGCUCGAGAAAAAGACGGGAAGGGCCGCACCGCGUCGCCAGUCAACUCCCCAGCCAGGUGUGUGCAGUCGCCCAAAAGGAUGCCCACGGGCCGCAGUGGAAGAGACCGCUUCACAGCCGAAUCCUAUACAGUGUUGGGUGACACAUUAAUUGAUGGGGGAGACCACUACUGGGAGGUGCGGUACGACCGGGACAGCAAAGCCUUCGCAGUUGGGGUAGCCUUCCGGACUCUAGGCAAGUUUGACCAGCUGGGAAAGACCCCUUCAUCUUGGUGCCUCCACCUCAACAACUGGCUUCAAGUCAGCUUCACUGCCAAACACAACAACAAAUCGAAAAUCUUAGACGUACCGGUCCCGGACAUCAUCGGCAUAUACUGCAAUUUUCACGAAGGUUUCCUCUCGUUCUACAAUGCCAAAACCAAGCAGCUCUUGCACACUUUCCGGACCAAAUUUUCCCAACCCGUCCUGCCGGCGUUCAUGGUCUGGUGCGGCAGUUUCCAUGUCUACUCGGGCUUGCAAGUCCCCAGUGCCAUCAAAUGCCUUCAGAAGAGAAACAGCGCCACAAGCAGCUCCAACGCCAGCCUGUCUUAGAAACGUGCCGCUUCCCUCGUUUUGCAGGGUUGGGACCCUCCGGCCGC